AUGUCCAACCUCGUCCGAGAGAUCUUCGCGCGCGCCGACAACACCAACACCAACACCAACACGGUGGGCCUUGAACUCUGCGGCUUCCUGGAGGGCACCUCGGCGUACAAAUGCCCAACAGGGGAAGCGUGCAAAUUUAACACGGAUCUAAACGUGGUCGGAUGCUGUUAUGGGGACGAUUGCACAUGGCAGACAUCAUGUUGCGAUUUCAACCCUGGUUCUGGCACAGCGACUUGGGGUACAUUCACGUCAACAUGUGGCAGGCUAGAUGACGAAAAGGUGGGAUUCUGUGAUGAAUUCAUACCUUUUUGUGGAACGCGUCGCUUCGAGAACGGCAUGACCAAGUACUACUGCACGGCGGACAAAGAGACCUUGACAGAAUAUGUCAACUUUACGUCAGCUGGAGAAACAACGGCGCAAUCUGGUCUCCCUCGGUUAACAGGCAAAAACGGUCCUGCCCCAGUGACCGUAUCCUCCUUUUCCACCAGCGGAUCAGUCAUUGGAGAGACAGUCACAGUGCGAGUGACAGAAACGGUAUUGGCAUCAGCAGAUAGCGGUAGCAACACGCCAAGCGCCGGCGUAAUCGCGGGAAGUGUGGUUGGAGGGGCCGUACUCGGGGCCUUGAUGACCCUUCUCGCCGUACUCUUGACAUGGUACUUCAAGAAACGAGGCCAUAUCAAGGGCAUGGAGCCGGUUCCUAUUGCUCAACUCUCAGAUCCACGGUCGCCAUCAAAUGGUGGAGCAGCCACUUCGGUCCCGGGCAGCAUGUCCAUUAUGGCGCCGAUGCCUUUUCAUCCAUCACCCCUGAGCGCUCCUGGCUCACCACCACCCCCCUAUUGGACCCAACGACAAUAG